UCGUUGCUUGUGGAGUCAGUUGUGAUUCAAAAUAAGGAACAGAAACAUCUGUGUGCUAAUUAAUUGCAAUUAACAAUGGCCAAAACUAGUUCCCGUAAUCUCAUUAUAAUCUGUCUGACGUUGUGGGCUUUGGUGGCAGUGGUUGGAGCGGUUGCUAGGAGUUGUCCACAAAAUGAAUUCUAUACCGACUGUGGCGAUUCAUGUCAGACAGAAUGUGCUACCCUCAAUAAACCCUGUCUUAUCGCACAUUUCAGGUGUCCCGAUGGCUGUUACUGCAAUAAAGGCUAUGCACGAGAUGCCAGCGGUGCUUGUAUACCAAUUGACAAAUGUCCUUACAGUUAGAUAAAUGUCAUAUCUUGAAUGAGCCAAUGCAUAAUUUUGAUCUAAUAACUGUUGAACAUAACGAAAUUGGUUGCUGUCUUUUUAUUUUGUCGCCAUUAUGAAAUUGCAAAGAGAAAAAAGUUUACAUUAAAAGAAAUUUACAUACACGAA